AUGGCGGAGAGCCGAGAAGAGGCGUACAGGGCAGCGUCGGACCGUUCGGUGGCCGCCGCAGCUGCUGGCGCCACUGGCAAGGAUGAGACGGCGCCGGGUCUGGACGUGCAGCUGUUCGACACGGUGCAGGCGGCUCAGGAGAGAGAUGAGGACGUCCAUACAUACGGGAAAGCGCAUCAGUGGACGAAUGCAGAUGCCAGUAUGGUUGAUUUUUCUCGUCUUUCUCUCUCGCUGUCUCCCCUUUCAGAGUGAGCUUGGGUGGGCUGUACAACCUUGUCAGCGGGCUGAACACGAAGCGCUAUGUGGUGUUGCUGAUUGCUUAUGGCAUCUUCGUGUCCAUGUUUGCCAUCAUCAUCCUGUACAAUAGACAAGUAGGCGUGUUGGAGGCGCGCGGCUCCCUCUUCCAUGACUGUCUCUCUCUGCGCGUGUGGACAGGUGCCCCAGAUGUUUCUGGUGCAAGAUUCGCUGCUGGAUCAUUUCUGCCAGGACAACCUGCCCGUGCCCUUCAACAAAAACUACUUUGGGAUGGGCACAGUCGGUCGGUCAGCAGUCUCACACAGUGUACAUACACACAAACACAAGGUUGUGCCUGGGGUGCGUGCAGAGGACAUGUGGGAUUGGAUUCACUUCCUGCUGACGCCGUCGGUCUUUGUACUGCUCCCGGGGGAGGACCCAACUACACGGGGGGUGUUCGUGCGCCAAUACAACCGUAUCAUGUCCCCAGUCAGAUUCAGACAAGCCAGGUAAGGACAGAGGCCCAAUGCAACAUGGCAGCUGCCAUCUCUCCUUUUCUCUCUGUGUGUGUCAGGGUCGUUGCCAACAGCACAGGGUGCAGUGUGCCUCUGAGUGCCACAAGGCUCGCAAGGCCAUGCUAUGUAGGGAUGGAUGGAUGAUGCAUGAACCUGUGUGUCUUUUUCCCCAUAUCCCACACGCAGCCUGACUUCAGCAAGCCUCGGCAAGACACGAGCAAGAUCCCCCAAACGGAAGAACCAGAACUGUGGCGAGACUCAUUCCGUGAGUGCAAUGGGAUAUAGAGAGCCCUCACAUACAGACAGGCCGUCCUCGAUGUGCCCGUGUCUCGUGUACGUCAGCCAAUGGGUUCGGCGAGGCUUUGGUGCGACUUCAAAACGGGUCUCUCAGGCAUCAAGUGAGUGACGAUGUCUAUCGCCAAAAUGCGGUGUGGUUGGAAGUGGUGCUUGUCUUGGUUCAGGGGCGAGGAGGGGUACGGCAAGCCGUAUGGCGGCAAAGCGCACCUUGUCGAUGUGCCGCUGACGGUAUGCGUAUGUGAGUGGGCACACAGAGAAUGGCAGAGAUGGAGGGAGAGACACACUGCAGAGGGAUGUCUGUAUGGAUCGAUGGAUGCAGUGUGA